AUGGCUUGCUUGGCAUGCCUUCUUGCCUUGGCAUUUGUUGCUGCUGAAGCACAACAGAUGCAGUCGAAUAUAAGCCAGGGCUCUUCUUUAACACCAACCACCAACUCCACAUGGCUGUCACGUUCUGGUCUGUAUGCCUUUGGAUUUUACAGGCAAGGGCAAUGGCUAUGCUGUUGGGAUAUUUCUUGCUGGAAUUCCCCGAAACAGACAGUCGUGUGGACUGCGAAUCGAGAUAAUCCACCAGUCUCCAACAAUGCCACCUUGCUCUUCACAGGUGACGGCCUUGCCCUGCCAACAACAGAAGGCCAAAAUUACUUGGCAAAAUCUUCUGGCUCUGCUUCUUAUGCUUCCAUGCUCAAUUCGGGUAAUUUCGUGCUGUACAACUCUGGUCGGGAAAUAGUAUGGCAGAGCUUUGAUCAUCCAACUGACACCCUUUUGCCCGGUCAACGCCUUUUAUCAGGAAACGAACUUUUCUCCGCGAAAUCAGAAGCUGAUCACUCAACGGGGAUUUUCCGUCUCAAAAUGCAAAAUGAUGGAAACCUUGUUCAGUACCCUGUAGAUACUCCAGACACCGGUGUUUAUUCUUUUUAUUCAUCUUCCACUGAUGGCGAGGGAGAGAAUGUGACACUUAAUUUUGGUGCUGAUGGCCAUCUCUACUUGCUCAACAGGAAUGGUACGAAUAUUCGGAAUAUAACAGAUGGGGGUCUUCCUACUGAUGAAGGAAAACUUUAUCUUAUGAGAAUUGAUGUAGGUGGGAUAUUUCGUUCGUAUUCACAUGAUUUGAAAAAGAAUGCAAUUUGGUCAGUUGAGUGGGAGUCUUCCAAGGAUAAGUGUGUUGCUAAAGGCCUAUGCGGAUUGAAUAGCUAUUGUGCCUUAAUUGAUCUAGAGCCUGACUGUAAAUGUCUUCCAAGAUUCGAAUCUGUCAACCAGGGAAAUCAGACAUCCGGGUGCGAGAGAAAUUUUGUUUCGGAUGCGUGCAAAAACAGGAAUGAGAAUUUCACUUACACCAUGGAAGAGCUGGAAAGCACAACAUGGGAAGAUGUUUCGUAUAUGAGUUUGAGAUUAUCCGACAAAGAUGAUUGCAUGCAAGGCUGUCUGGAGGAUUGUAACUGUGAAGCUGCGCUUUUUGACGGUACAAACUGCAGAAAGCAGAGGCUUCCUUUGAGAUAUGGUAGAAGAGACACUGGAACUUCAGACAGAGCUCUCAUCAAGGUAGGUGUACCUACAAAACCAGAUACAGAUCCUAGAAUCGUUCAACCAGGAAGCAAGAAAAAAGGUAGAACUCACAUCCUGAUUAUUGGUCUUUCAUUUACUGCUUUUGGAUCCAUUUUGUUGUUGAUUUCCGUGAUUGUGUUGUGGAAACACAAUGUCUGGGUAUAUAAAAGAAUGAGUGCUGUGAAUGGUGACCUUGAAUUGAAUGAGAGUGUGGCUCCACGACGAUAUGCUUAUGAAGAGCUAGAAAAGAUGACUAAUAAUUUCAAGGAAGAGCUUGGUAGAGGAGCCUCGUCAACAGUUUAUAAAGGGCUGAUUUUGGGUACCCAAAAGCCAGUUGCUGUCAAAAGAUUAGAGAAAGUUGCAGCCGAAGGGGAAACAGAAUUUCAGACUGAGAUCAGAGUUAUUGGGAGAACCCAUCACAAGAAUCUAGUCCGUUUAAUUGGGUAUUGCCUUGACGGAGCGAAAAAGCUUAUGGUGUACGAGUACAUGAGCAACGGCUCACUUGCAGAUGUGCUCUUCACCCGUGAAAGGCAACCAUUUUGGGAAGAAAGAAUGGGCAUUGCUCGUAACAUAGCACGGGGGUUUCUUUAUCUCCAUGAAGAGUGUGAUACACAGAUCAUCCAUUGUGACAUAAAGCCUCAAAAUAUACUUCUAGAUGAGUUCAUGUGUCCGAAAAUCUCCGACUUUGGAUUAGCAAAGCUGCUUAAGGCAGACCAAACUAGAACAACUACAGGAAUUAGAGGAACCAAGGGGUAUGUUGCACCGGAGUGGCAUAGGAAAAUGCCGAUAACGGUUAAAACAGAUGUUUACAGCUUCGGAAUUGUGCUGUUGGAGAUCAUAUGUUGUUGA